AUGCAAAAUUACGCUUACAUAUUGACAAGCCAUGGGUUGAACAGUAAAAAAUUGAUUGAUGGCGUUCAUUCGACGACUUUAAGCUGUGCAAGUGUCAUCGAUUCUUCUCUUCUCCGAAGCGAUAUCCGUCAAUUGCGGAUAGAAUGGGUAACGAGGGACGAAAGGCUCCAUGUCAUCGGUGUCCAUAGUGGUGCCUCCUGUCCCCUGAACUGCUUCUUCGUAGCUUGGCGGAGGAGGUCCAUUCACACUGUCUCCGUUAAGUACAGGAUAAGCGGGUGGAGGUGUUUCCAAGGGUGGGGCCGAAGGGCCGCUCGAUGACGGUAGCGGCAUAUCUGCUUGUGGUGCAGAAGGUGGCGCAGAAGGUUGAGGCGGAACAUGUGGACUUCUGACUGGGAUCGUACCCACUAUUAUAUUACAGUGAGUCCCCACAUUUCCUUUGAAUGAGGCUAAGGUCUUGAAUUUCACCUGCUCUCCUGUGGCAAGCUUUCGUUGUUGUUCACGAGAAUUAUCCAUGUUUUGAUUCACAAUGAAAUAUCCAUGAUUUAAGGUAGAACCGUGGCGAAAGGCAACGUAUUUUGAUAUCUCCACCAAUUUGGUACUUGCCUUAACGAUAUCCUUCGAGCUGUCAUUGAUGACGUAAGCGUUUAUCACAAUUGUUUCCCCUGGUACAAAGCCGGUUUUCGGUAUCUCACACUGAAAUAA